AUGUCCUCCUACUACCUGUCCUCCUACUACCUGUCCUCCUACUACAUGUCCUCCUACUACAUGUCCUCCUACUACAUGUCCUCCUACUACCUAUCCUCCUACAUGUCCUCCUACUACCUGUCCUCCUACUACAUGUCCUCCUACUACAUGUCCUCCUACUACAUAUCCUCCUACUACCUAUCCUCCUACAUGUCCUCCUACUACCUGUCCUCCUACUACCUGUCCUCCUACUACAUGUCCUCCUACUACAUGUCCUCCUACUACAUGUCCUCCUACUACCUAUCCUCCUACUACCUAUCCUCCUACAUGUCCUCCUACUACCUGUCCUCCUACUACCUGUCCUCCUACUACAUGUCCUCCUACUACAUGUCCUCCUACUACAUGUCCUCCUACUACAUGUCCUCCUACUACAUGUCCUCCUACUACAUAUCCUCCUACUACCUAUCCUCCUACAUGUCCUCCUACUACCUGUCCUCCUACUACCUGUCCUCCUACUACAUGUCCUCCUACUACAUAUCCUCCUACUACCUAUCCUCCUACAUGUCCUCCUACUACCUUUUCUUCUACUACCUGUCCUCCUACUACCUGUCCUCCUACUACAUGUCCUCCUACUACAUAUCCUCCUACUACCUAUCCUCCUACAUGUCCUCCUACUACCUGUCCUCCUACUACCUGUCCUCCUACUACAUGUCCUCCUACUACAUAUCCUCCUACUACCUAUCCUCCUACAUGUCCUCCUACUACCUUUUCUUCUACUACCUGUCCUCCUACUACCUGUCCUCCUACUACAUGUCCUCCUACUACAUAUCCUCCUACUACCUAUCCUCCUACAUGUCCUCCUACUACCUGUCCUCCUACUACCUGUCCUCCUACUACAUGUCCUCCUACUACAUAUCCUCCUACUACCUAUCCUCCUACAUGUCCUCCUACUACCUUUUCUUCUACUACCUGAUGUUGAGCGAUAUCAACAGCUCCAGAAAUACCAAUGGCUCAAGGGAUACCAACCAUUCCAGCGACAUCAAUAAUUCCAGCGAUAUCAACCAUUCCAGCGACAUCAAUAAUUCCAGCGACAUCAACCGUUCCACCGCUGAUGAUAAGAUUCAUGUAAUAAAAUUAAUUUUAGAUUCUCGUGCAACACUUCAUUAA